AUGAAACUUGUUUCUGCAACUCCUGGAAAAAUUGUUUGUGAAAUGAAAGUAGAGGAGGAGCAUGCAAACAGAGGUGGCACUUUACAUGGAGGUUUGACAGCCACACUGGUGGAUGUGGUGUCAACAGCAGCAUUGCUGUACACAGAAAGAGCACUGUCUGGGGUCAGUGUGGACAUGAACAUCACAUACACUGCUGCUGCUAAGAUUGGAGAAGAAAUACUGAUUACAGCUGAGAUUUUGAAGCAAGGAAGAAAUAUGGCAUUUGCCAGCGUGGAUUUAACAAAUAAGGCAACAGGAAAGUUAAUUGCACAAGGCAGACAUACAAAGUAUAUAGGAAAGGAUCUUGCUUUUUUUGGUCAAGAUAGCAGAAGGAAGGAGCCUUUGGACUAG